AAAUAUCUUCCGUUGAAGAAAAAACACCUGAAGGCAAGCGCUGCAGUGGCUGAUUCAAAUGCAUAUGGUCAGAGGAAUGCUACCCUUGCAUGGUUCUGGUUGCUUGAUGUUCAGGGUGAUACAGCCAGAAAUGACUGGAUGACAGAAUGUGAUUAUCGGGUGAACUGGCUCUGGACCAAGGCACUUUGUGAUCAUUGGAAUAAAGAGGUCAUUCUUGUCAAACAUGAAAUGCAGUGGACCAUCAAUUUUUUCAAGCACAAGGCCAAGCAAUGGCUUGCUCACAUGGACAAUGCUGCUUCCAAUGAGAUGACUGGACAUGCAUGUUAUGCUGCCCGACAAUCUCAAAUAUACCAUGACCUGGCCAUACAUGGGGCAGAUUCUUUUUGCAAACUCAGUCCGGAUAUUCAGGGUGAUAUACAGGUUGUCAGAUGA